CUAAAACAUAAUACAGUGCAAACAAACCAAACCAACCACCCACAGAUAACAGUACAUACAAGCAAGCGUCGUCAGGCAGGCCGGGUCAAUAUCAAUAGGGCAGGUAGGUACAGGGGGAGCAAGCGGAGAUGGGUCGGGGUCACAGGCCAGGUUCAGCAGGUAGCAAGCAGCGUGGUACAGAGGGUCAGGCAGAGAGAUGGUCAGGAGCGAGCCGGGAUCAGAGCAGGAGAAGUCAGCAGCGGUUCAGAUCAGGCAGGGUCAGCAAAGGAACAGAAACAGGAUGCAGGACAGAUACAGGGCCCAGGACAAACACAACACCAAGGCAGAGUCUGCAAGUCUGGCCAU